GUAAUGAUAUUCAUGUUGAAAAAUCCUGCGAUGAGCACAUUGAUGCAUGUAUGUAUUGAAGUGUUUGUCGUAGGUUAAGAACCUGAGGCUUGAAUUAUGCAAGGGUUAGCAAUUUGGGGCUACAUUGCAUAAUUCCGGUCCCGAGGUCUUACACCCGACUCCUUCUCCUUCUCUUGCCUACGCCCCGGCGGAUUCGGUGGAUCCUAUCGUGUGCGAGUCGAGGUCCCCCCUGAGGGUGACCUUGGAUCUGCACAUGAAGGGGAAGAUUGGACUUGAGCAAGUUCUUCCUCCUUCGAGUCACGAGGUUGAGGCUUUCACUCGCGAGACGGGGCUUCCGCUUCAGAACGACUCAGUGGUGGAGUUGUCGAUCGGAGCCAGCGGUGCGGGCGUCCAGGUGUUCUCCAUUGGUCGCGAGCGCCCUGAGGAGGAUGCUCCUACCUCGGGUGCAAGGGCCACGGAGCUUGGGGUUUUUGAGGGCGUGCCCUCGACUCAAGCGAGGGAUGGAGCACUUCCGACGGCCGAGGAUGGAGCGAGAGACCCUUUCGUGACACUGGAGCUGGUGAGGGGUUUGGUCGAGGUCGUGGCUGCCCUUCCUGCCCUCAAGACUCAGGUGGGGGCGCUUUCUACUGCUUUGGACGUGGAGAUGUCCAAGUCUACCCUUGCCUUGAGUGAGUUAGCUUCGGAGAGGGUGCGGCGCGAGGUCGUGGAGGCUGAGCUUUCUCGCGUUUCGACGGAGCUUGCGGCCGUGGAGACUAGGGCUCGACUUGCUGAGGGGCGCCAGAAGGACGAGAUUGCGAGGACCCGUCUAGUUGAGGAGGACUUGGUGGUGACCAACCUUGAUAGGGAGCAUGCCUGCGCGGAGGCUGCUUCCCUCAAGGUGGAGUUGGCGGCAGCGGGUGACGGCCUGAUGCUUGCUCCUCGUGCUUGUCCUCCUCUGGAUCGUCGUCCCGAGGUGGUUUCGCUUUUGCUUGCCCAGGCCACCGAGAUUCGGGAGACGAUGACUUGCUUGAGGAGUGUUCCCAACCGGAUCUUCCUCCGUGUCGCACGGUGGAUGAGGCGAGCAGGGUGCUUACUUCCCAGAUGGAGCUCAUUGAGCCUACCGUGAGGAAGUGCCUCCUGAGUACGGGUGCUCGACUUGU